AUGGCGGGGUCGACAUUCCAGGUCUCCAAGCCCAUGACCGUGAAGGACAUUGCCGCAAGAGGUCAGGAUUUUGAUUUCAAUCCUUUGAUUCCCUUCAAAUACUGGGUGCGGACUGCAGAUACGCUGCUUCGAGAGGCACAAAUAUACGAACAGGAGGGGAAUGACCAGCAGGCGUACUUGCUCCUCAUCCGGUAUGCAAGUCUCGUAUCCGAAAAACUCCCAUCACAUCCGGCUGCCAAAGAUCCAGAGAACCGACAGGGGCUGAAGCUGGCGUUGAGGAGCCUCCCUUGGGUUUUGGAUACCUUGGAAGUUCUCAAACCUCGGAUCAAUGAUCGUUAUGAUGUUUGGGAGCAGACGAUGGAGAGGAGGCGAGAGGCACACCUCAGGAUGGGCCAUCAGAGAUCACGGUCAGGUUUGGCGGCGGCUUCGGACCCGGCGGUUGCAGGAAACACAACAACACUCGCCGCUGCAGACAACAGCCAUUUGGCAGUUAAACUGGCACACAAAGAAAUCAGGCGGCGAGACGCAGCUAAGAAGUCUACAAGGCAAGCGGGUGUAUCUGAACAAGAGGAACAAGAAAGACGAACUGCCGGUGGACUUUGGGACGACUGGGAAUCUGCACUCUCUAGGGACAGGUCGAAUCACGAUGCUGAAACGCAAAGGAAUAUGGAGGCUUCAAGGAGAAGAAUGGACGGAGCCCAUGAUAUGGUUCCUGAUACAGCUCGGGACAAUCCUUCAAGGCCACGAGCUACUCCUACCAUGCCAUUCAGGAACGCCAACAGCCAAUACCGAUACCCCUCUAUCACUGUAUCUCAACCUCUCAGCUACCAGGAUAACCUUAAUUCCCCCUCAUCUUUACCCUCACUACCAUCUCUACCCCCAAAAUUACCAGUAGAAAGCCCAUCAGCCUUCUUACACGAGCUAGAGCCUCCUCCGCGCCCUGAAAAGACCACUCCGGUCCGCCCAGAUAUGGACACCUCCCAAUCUCAAUCUCAAAAGAACUUCACCUUCCGCCCUUCCGCCUACCUAGAAAGCGGCGAGCCCCUCCGUACCGUAUUCCUUCCUCCAACCCUUCGCAAAGAAUUUCUCAAGAUAGCUGAGCCCAACACACUGCGCAACCUGGAGACUUGUGGCAUGCUCUGCGGUUCCCUCAUAUCCAAUGCGCUUUUCAUUCGACGGGUCGUCAUCCCAGAACAAAAGUCGACUAGUGAUACCUGCGAGACAGUCAACGAAAACUCGCUGUUCGAGUACUGCUCCAGCGAGGAUUUACUGCUGUUAGGAUGGAUUCACACGCAUCCGACGCAGAGCUGCUUCAUGAGCAGCGUGGAUUUGCAUACACACUUUGGAUACCAGACGAUGAUGAAGGAGAGUAUUGCGAUUGUCUGCGCGCCGAGCAAGAGUCCCUCAUGGGGGGUGUUCCGCCUCACAGAUCCACCUGGAAAACAAGCGAUUGCCUCAUGCACCCAAUCCUCGCUUUUCCAUCCUCACGAGGAGCGGAACCUCUACACGGGUGCUCUGAGGCCGGGUCACGUGUUUGAGGCUGAGGGCCUGGAGUUCCAGAUCGUGGACUUGAGACCUGGUGUUUGA